AUGGCAGCAGCUCUGCACUUCCUCCUGCUCUUACUCCUGCAUUGUGGAUCCUUUCUCCUCAUUUUAUCCAAACAUGCAGAGGACACAGCAACAGACAGACCCACUGGGGAGUCACAUGCACCUUCUCCUGCAGCUGGGAGAGUUUUUCCUGCAGGGAGAAGCAACACCACUGAGGUUCCCAGCAGUGGAUUCACUACCAAGUCAACAGAUAAACCCUCCAAAAUCACCACGGCUGAUAAACAUGAGACUGAAGAUGCUGGUAAAACAAAGGAGAGGGUAACUAAAAAAGAUGAAGAGAAGGAAGAAGAAGGUCCUUUGGAAUUAGAAAGGAGGUCCAGCAGGAGCGUUAAGCUAGCAAAGAAGCCCAACAAGAUCCUGAAGAAACCCCAACUCAUCCCCAAGAAGAAGCCGACGGUUGUUAAGAAAUCCCAACCUCAUGUCAAACACAGAUCGGGCAAACCAGCCGAGGCCGUCCCACAGUGUCCUCCUCUGGGUCUGGAGUCUCUGAAGGUCAAAGACAACCAGCUGAGAGCGUCGUCCUACAGACGCAGAGGCCUGGGUCCUCACCGUGGCAGACUCAACAUCCAGUCGGGGAUAGAGGACGGGGAUAUCUACGACGGAGGCUGGUGUGCUCAGGUCAGAGAUCAGAACCAGUGGCUGGAGGUGGACGCUCGCAGACUGACUCGCUUCACCGGAGUCAUCCUGCAGGGCCGAGCCUCCAUCUGGAGCUGGAACCUGGUGCACACCUACAAGGUUCAGUUCAGUAACGACACGCUGCUCUGGAGGCCGUCUCUGAACGGGACGAAAGAGGCUGUAUUCAUUGGGAACCAGAACCUGGAGACUCCUGUCCUGGCUCUAUUCAACACCUCCACCGUGGCCCGUUACAUCCGGAUCAACCCGCAGAGCUGGUACCAGAACGGCACACUGGGCCACAUCUGCCUGAGAGCCGAGGUGCUGGGCUGCACUGUCCCAGAUCCAAACAACAUCUACCCGUGGCAGACGGCGCCGGCAGAGCCUCGAGACAAACUGGACUUCAGACACCACAACUACAAGGAGAUGAGAAAGUUGAUGAAGUCCGUGACCGAGGCCUGUCCGAACAUCACACGCAUGUACAGCAUCGGGAAGAGUUACACAGGUCUGAAGCUCUACGCCAUGGAGAUCUCUGACAACCCCGGGAAACACGAGCUGGGGGAACCAGAGUUCCGUUACGUUGCAGGGAUGCACGGGAAUGAGGUUCUGGGCCGAGAGCUUGUCCUCAAUCUCAUGCAGUUCAUGUGUCAGGAGUACAAGCGAGGCGACCAGCGCAUCGUCCGCCUGAUCCAAGACACCCGCAUCCACCUGCUGCCCUCCAUGAACCCGGACGGAUACGAGAUGGCCUUUAAGAAGGGCUCGGAGCUGUCCGGCUGGUCGCUCGGUCGCUACAGCUACGAAGGGAUCGACAUGAACCAUAACUUUGCAGACCUGAACUCUGGGAUGUGGAACGCCAUCGAGGUGGAGACGGACCGGUCCAAACUCAUCAACCAUUACUUCCCCAUGCCGGAGAUGUACACCUCAGAGGAAGCCUUUGUGGCGUCAGAGACCCGGGCCGUCAUCGACUGGAUGCAGAACAUCCCUUUCGUCCUGAGCGCUAACCUCCACGGGGGGGAGCUGGUGGUCACCUACCCGUACGACAUGACCAAAGACUGGGCGCCUCAAGAGCACACCCCCACCGCCGACGAGAGCUUCUUCCGCUGGCUGGCCACCGCGUACGCCAGCACCAACCAGGUGAUGUCCAACCCGGACCGCCGGCCCUGCCACAACAAAGACUUCAGGAGAACCAACAACAUCAUCAACGGAGCCGACUGGCACAACGUACCAGGAAGUAUGAAUGAUUUCAGCUACCUGCACACCAACUGCUUUGCUGUGACGGUGGAGCUGUCCUGCGAUAAGUUCCCCCACGUCAGCGAGCUGCCCGUCGAGUGGACGAACAACAAGGAGUCCCUGCUGGUCUUCAUGGAGCAGGUCCACCGUGGGAUUAAAGGCGUGGUGCGGGACAGAGAGACGGAGGCCGGUAUCGCGGACGCCAUCAUUAAAGUGGACGACAUCGAUCAUCACAUUAGAUCAGUCUCUGAUGGAGAUUACUGGCGGCUGCUGAACCCCGGAGAUUACCGAGUGACCGUCAGCGCUGAGGGCUACUUCCCCUCCUCCAGAAGCUGCCAGGUGAUGUACGACUUCUACCCCACCAUCUGCGACUUCAACCUCACCAAGAUACCCAGACAGAGGCUCAUAGACAUCCUGGCCAAGGGGGGGAAGCUUCCUGUGGAUCUGCAGCUCCGACUCAGACAGCUCCGUCUGCGGAAGCUCCGAGUGACGACCAAGGCCAUCAACCAGAGGAGAAGCAGUGCUGCUAAGCUGGGGAGGAGGGUGUGAUGGGGAGGACGGAGGCUCAGAGACUCCCAUCUCUACUGGAUGUUGAUUAGAUGCUCCUCUUCAGAAACCUGCUGUUUUACACCUGAGAAAGUCUCUGUUGUGGAGCCGCAGAGCAAAUGGAGGAACCUGGCUGUGCUGGCUGACAGGAUUUAAAACGAAGGACUUAGGAGGUCAAAGUGAGCUUUUUAUAAUAGUAUUAAUAAUAACAAGAUUAGAUCUAUUGUAGGAGCUGCAGUUUCCACAUACUAUACAUAAACAUCUACAGACUCUACAAAAGGUAGUGUCUCUACAGUACAGUUCAUAGGCAAAGGUUAAAAAUAACCCCCACGUGUAUUUUAUAAUUGUUUUGGUGUCUUAAAAAGUGCUUAAAAUGCAAUCUUCAGUGUCCCUGUGCUGUGAUACACUAACCGACCACUAGAGGGCGGAAGAACCCGAACCCCCUCAGAGGCAGGUGCUGUGGAGCUGAACACCUGGUGGUGCAGAACGGAGGUUGUAAAAUGUGUUCACACCCGGUUUAGGAACUGUUCACUCAGCAUUAAAAGGACAGGGCCGCAGUUUCUACACUCUGUCAGUCAUGAACACACUAAAAGGCACUGUCAUUACCCAAUCUGUACCGGAAACCCGAUCGGUUCUGCCCAUGUGUGCGAAUAUGGAUUUACGGCAUCGAUGAGAAAGUGUUGACGUGUUUGAAAAACAUCCCAAAGAUAAUAUACUGUCGAACUGAAUACUUCUUACAACGCUGAAUAAAUGUGGU